AUGACAACGAUAAAGCUUCCGUGGGAUAUGGAGGUAGAGUUACUCACUUGGCUUCCACCUCGAUCUCUUGUUCGGUUCCGAGCCGUGUGCAAAAAAUGGAACUCUCUUCUCAAUGACAAGAGUUUUCUCAACCAGCACUCGUCUAGAUCUCGUCCCCAGUUCAUUUUCUUAACUAAAUCGAAGACUUACUCGAUUGACGUUGACCUCGGCGGCGCAGGAGUUGGUCCAACGAUAAAGAUGUGUGAGGUAGCAUCUGAUUUUCCUUGUCAACCUAUGAAUUGGGAAAAUAUUAAUGUCGCAUCUUGCGACGGAUUACUGUUUCGUGAAUUUUUGAGGAAAGGCGUGGCUGUCUGGAAUCCUUGGUGUAAACAUAUGGGGUUGAUAGAGUUCAAGGAAAAAGAUUUUUAUUUUGGAGGGGUAGGAUACGAUAGUAAUAGACCCGAAAAAGGUUACCAGAUCUUGGGUUAUUUUUGUAGAGUCGACGACACUUGCAAAAAAGGUUACGAUAAAUUUGCGGUUUACGAGUGUGCUGCUAAGACGUUUAAAUUUAUUGACUCUCCUUUCAGGAAGUGGUCUCUGUGGUCCGCCAUCACUGAGGCGGCUGCCCCUUUGUCUUUGAAGGGAAAUUUGUUUUGGAUUGGUUACUGUGACGAGAUACGUGAAAGUACCAUCCAAAGCUUUAGUUUUUCCAGGGGUAUAUUCAUCAAAAAGUUUUGCAUGCUGCCUUGUGAGAAAGUUUUUUAUGUCAAUAAACUUGUCCUAGCUAUUUAUAAGGGAGAUCGGUUAUCGUUGCUAAAUCAACGCUACGCAACAGGAAAGAUUGAGAUUUGGGUGACAAAGGAUAAGAUUGAUGAUAGAGCGCAAGUGGUGUGGGAAAACUUGAUGAAUUUGUCAACAACUAACUUACCAAGGCUAAAAGGUGAAUAUUAUGGCGUUAGGUAUUUUAUUAUUGACAAAACCAUAAUCAUGUGUUACGGCAACAGUCAAACUGGAGCUGCUUGCAUCUACAUUGUGAGGGGAGAUAUGCUCAAGAAGAUUCCAAUAAACUAUGGGAAUGUUCUUAAGUUUUACCACCGUGUCUAUUUUCCAAAUUUGAUCCGGCUUCCUUUAGAAUUCAGACGAUCGCUGGAAAUUUAA